UUUACCGACUGAGCGGUGCGCAAAACAGACACGCAUUCUGUCAACAAAUUUCAAAGCGGGAAAAUGGGAAACGAUAUAAAACUUCCCGUAGUUCAGCGAAAAGACCUUCAAACGAACCAAAAGUCGUUGCUAAAUGAGUCAAAGGAGCACCUACUCUAUGAGAUCGACAAGAUUUCCCAGCGAGUGGCUUCAAUCACCCAACAAAUUGACCACAUUGAACAUAAAUUGAAACAUUUCAGUCGAAAUAUCGACUAUUACACGUUGAUAAUAACCGAGAUGUCAAACACUUUACACCAACUUGAAAUUGAAGAAGUCAAUGCAAGUCUUUCACGUGAAAAUUACAUAGAAAAAGGAAAACGGUAUUUAGAACUUCUUGAAGUGGAUGGUGGACUUGAUCUGGAUGAAGACUGUGAAGAAUAUUCUGCAGCCAGCAUUGCAAAUUUACAAAAGAGACUAGAGUUACUAAACAGCGAAGUUACUUUAAAUGAAGAAUACAUUUCCAAAAAGGCGGAGCAGUUAUCUUCAGAUUAGUUAUCAAUUAAUUUUAUUAAUAAGUAACAAAAAUAGCAUUAAUUACAAUGUAAAUUGAAACGAGUUCAUUUGAUUUAAUUGUUGUUCAAGUAA